UCGGAAUUGACCGUGCUCAACGCAUUUACGACUAAGACCAUAACAAUAGACGACCAUACAUAAUGCUAGAACGAAGAAAAAUGCACUCGUGGGACGAUUUUGACUUUUUUUCUCGAUUCCGUAUGACAAAGGCAAGAUUUGUACACGUGCUACACUUGAUUGUGCCUUACAUGCCAGAGGUACAUCAAAGACAACGCUAUAUCUCACAUGAAGUGCAGCUACUAUGCACAUUGCGUUUCUUGGCUGCUGGUAGCAUGCAGUCUAUCGUUGGUGAUAUUAUAGGAGUUUCCCAACCAACGAUUAGCAACUUGUUGCCAAAAGUGUGCAAAGCAGUUCUCGGACUACUGCCUGACAUAAUUAGAAUGCCGCGGACACAGGAGGAACUAAAAACGGCGGCUGCCCUUUUCUACAUGUUUGGAAAUUUGCCAAGAGUCAUUGGAGCCAUUGACUGUACACACAUAAAAAUUCAGUCACCGGGAGGCCCAAACGCGGAAAUAUUCCGAAACAGGAAGGGAUAUUUUUCUUUGAAUGUACAAACCGUUGCAGCAGCUAAUCUCAAAAUCAUGAACAUUGUUACACGAUGGCAGGGUUCGGCACACGACUCGACUAUAUUUCGGCAGCAAUUCGAAGCGGGCCACUACAUUUUAGUCGGUGAUUCCGGCUAUGCCAAUUCUCCCUUCCUGGCAACACCAUUCGCAGAAAAUAGUUCUGGGCUUCGCGCUGGAUUACAACACGUACAAGAAUAUCAGCGGGCAAUAAUCGCCACCAGGAAUUGCGUGGAACGCUCAUAUGGAGUGCUGAAGCGACGCUUUCCAGCAUUGGCCUAUGGUUUGCGUGUCAAAACAUCGACUGCACAAAUGCUUGUUGCGACCGCUGCAGUACUCCACAACAUCUGUAUUGAUGAGAAUGAGCAAUUACCCAACACACCACCUGGCUUCACGAGCAACGAAAUAGAGAUCAACA